AUGGAUGUGACAGUUUCCUGGUUCAAGGAAGUUGGCUCCCUUCCAAGCGGAAGAUACUCCAUCAUCAAAGGAUCUCUUCACAUCAAGAAUGCUACAGUGGGUGACAAUGGGAUGUAUGUUUGCACAAUUCGUACUGACCGGGGGACCGCUCAGGCUUCUAUUACACUCAACGUGAAAGCUCGUCCACUCAUUUCUCUUCCUACCGGACCGAUCUACAGCGAGAGUGGAAAGGAAGUCAAACUCCCUCUAUGCCAGGUCAUAGGAUAUCCCCCUCCUGUGGUUUCAUGGACAAAACUAUUUGGUGAUCUACCUGGUGGAAGAGCCACUGUACAUGGCCACACCCUGACCAUCGCAAAGGCAGACAAGAAAGAUUCAGGAACCUACAUCUGCACAGCUUCGAACGCCAUGGGUACAACACAUUCCAUGACAUCUCUGGUAGUCAAUGUGGUGCCUCAGUUUACUGUCAAGCCACCAGAGAAGAUUGAGCUUUACCAUGGACAGUCAGUGACACUCAACUGCUCUGCAGAGGGGCAUCCAGAACCCAGCAUCACCUGGACACGGUGUAAGGGAGACAUAGCCGCAGACCGGUCUGAAAUGGAAGGAGGACAACUGAAGAUAAACAGUUUAACGGCAAAGGACAGUGGGACGUACAUCUGCUCAGCACAAAGCGAGUUUGUUCACGUGGAGACUGAGGUGCAACUGAUUGUAAAAACAGCCCGAGAUUGCACAGAACUCCUUGCUACCGGCUUCAAGGAUAGUGGAGUGUUCACAGUCAACCCAGCAAACAAAACCAGUUUUGAAGUGUACUGUGACAUGACGACCGAUGGUGGUGGAUGGACCGUCUUUCACAAACGCUUUGAUGGGUUCGUUGGAUUCUACAGGGACUGGGACGAGUACAAGAACGGGUUUGGUGACGUCAGAGGGGAGUUUUGGCUUGGAAACGAAAAGAUUCAUCAACUGACUGAGAUCCCGAGUCAGUUGCGAGUGGAAAUCAACACCACAUCGGCUGGAAAUAGAUACGCAAAAUAUAGUAAUUUUACGGUGACAAAUGAGGCAACCAACUAUACCUUGUUUGUCGGAUUCUAUUCUGGUAACGCUAAAGAUCGACUUUCUUAUCAUAACGGUAUGGCUUUUUCUACCCAGGAUAGAGACAAUGACAAGAACGGUGGGAACUGUGCUACGUCUUCCAAAGGAGCAUGGUGGUACAACUCCUGUUUUCAGUCCAGCCUGAACAGUAACUUCGGAGAUAGCAACUAUAAUUGGUACUGGGGUUCACUCAUAGGUAGCCAGAUGAAACUCAAACCAAAAUACAUCGACAAUUGUUGUAAACUACUGAAAGUAUACUUUCUAUGCAUAAUGACGGAUUCGGAUAAAAGCAGACCUUCUCGCUUUCUCGUUAUUUGUUGCCUUUGUAUAACUCUUUUGAGCGUGGUAUUCUAUAGUGUUAGUUUUAUGAGAAUGACAGGAGAGCUGAGGGAACAAAACAAAAGAAUUCUGGCUCUAGAGGAAAACCAGAGGAAGAUGACAACAGACAUCCCGCUUCCCAAGCCUUCGACUCCUGAUAUCCACAGCGUUCUGCCCCCUAGCUCUAGAUCUUCAGCUCAGGUGAGAAUCCCGCGAGCCGCUGAUAGCCCCGCCAAGGGAGACAGUGGAGUUUUAUCCCCCGAUAUCCGUCGGCAAAUUACAAAAUCCGUUUACGCUGCAACGCAAAAGAUCUGUACAAGCAAAAGUCAGAUUUGUAUCAAGGGCCAAAAGGGAGAACCCGGAGAUCCGAAGUCAACUUUUUCUCUUCAGCUCAUUAAGGGAGAAGCAGGGGGUGUUGUUACUGCCCCUGGGAUUCUAUUGCAACCGGCCAUGAGCACAAUCGACUUGGGCGAGACAGCUGCAUUUCAAUGUUUUCCAGAGAAGAACGUUGUUGCAACAAUUUCAUGGUCCAAGGAGGAAGGCUCCCUUCCCACUGGAAGACAUUCCAUUGUUAAAGGAGGGCUCUACAUCAGGAAUGCUACAGUGGGUGACAAUGGGAUGUACGUGUGUACAAUUCGUACUGACCAAGGGACCGCUCAGGCUUCUGUUACACUCAACGUCAAUGCUCGGCCGCUCAUCUCUCUACCCGCCGGACCAAUCUACGUUAAGAGUGGAAAGGACGUCAAGCUCCCUCUAUGUCAGGUCAGCGGAUAUCCCCCUGCAGUGGUAUCUUGGUCAAAACUUUUCGACCAACUCCCUGGUGGUAGAACCACUGUGAAAGGCCACACUCUAACCAUAUCAAAAACAGACAAGAAAGAUUCAGGAACCUACAUCUGCACAGCUUCAAAUGCCAUGGGCACAUCACACGCCAUGACAUCUUUGAUAGUCAAUGUAGUGCCUCAGUUUACUGUCAAGCCACCAGAGAAGAUUGAGCUUUACCAUGGACAGUCAGUGACGCUUAACUGCUCUGCAGAGGGACAUCCAGUACCCAGCAUCACCUGGACACGGUGUAAAGGAGACAUAGCAGCAGACCGGUCUGAAAUGGAAGAAGAACAGUUGAAGAUAAAUAGUUUGACGGCAAAGGACAGUGGGACAUACAUCUGCUCUGCACAGAGCGAGUUUGUUCACGUGGAGACUGAGGUGCAACUGAUUGUGAAAACAGCCCGAGAUUGCACAGAGCUCUUUUCUGCCGGCUUUAAGGAAAGUGGAGUGUACACAGUCAACCCAGCAAACAAAACCAGUUUUGAAGUGUACUGUGACAUGAAGACGGAUGGUGGUGGAUGGACCGUCUUUCAUAGACGCUUUGAUGGGUUUGUCGUAUUCCACAGGGACUGGGACGAGUACAAGAACGGGUUUGGUGACAUCAGAGGGGAGUUUUGGCUUGGAAACGAAAACAUUCAUCAACUGACUGAGAUCCCAAGUCAGCUUAGAGUGGAAAUCAACACCAUUUCUAAUGGAAAUAAAUAUGCUAAAUAUAAGGAUUUUACGGUCACAAACGAAGCUUCUAACUAUACACUGUUCGUUGGUUUCUAUUCUGGUGAUGCAGGAGACAAGCUCACCCCACAUAAUAGUAUGACUUUUUCCACGAAGGACAGGGAUAAUGACGUUGACGAUGGGUCUCACUGUGCUGUGUCUCACAAGGGAGGUUGGUGGUAUGAAGGCUGUUAUUAUUCUUGUCUCAACUGUAACUAUGGAAGUAACGAUUACGAUUGGACCUGGAACCUCAAGGGAAGCCAGAUGAAACUGAAACCCAAAUCUCCCUGA